GAGGGGCGCGCUUUGACCUUCUUCCCUGACGCGCAGCUUGCUGUCUGAAGAGAAGCGACGCCAGGGAGGCCUAAAGGGGCGGGGCUGGGAGCAAGCUCUCCCCUCUGAUUGGUUCUCUGGGAACCUACCGCUCCCACGCGGGAAAGAGACCUCGGUUUCUCGCAUGCGCAGUUAUUGACAUUGAGCCUUCGGCGAGUGAGGGAAGCUGCGGCAAGUGUACGGCGCGUGCGCAGAGCCGGAAGGACCCAGGCUUGGUGUUCUCCUUGGACGUUAACACCUGGCGGCCAGUUCUGAGACGAGGUCCUGACAAGCACCCACCCCUCAUGAGCACCUUGGGUUUACUACGAGGUCCUGCAGCACUGGCCAGAGCAUGCUUGGGGCUUUGGAGCCUCAGGCUUGGGGAGAAGCGGACACUGCUGUCCCCAGGAGGCCCUGCUGCCAUGCUACAGGUGGCCAGGAAGAGGGACUACCCUGCCCUGCUGCCCCUGGAUGAGAGUGAGCUGGAAGAGCAGUUCGUGAAGGGACAUGGGCCCGGGGGCCAAGCCACCAACAAGACCAGCAACUGCGUAGUACUGAAGCAUGUGCCCUCAGGGCUGGUCGUGAAGUGCCAUCAGACAAGAUCCGUGGAUCAGAACAGGAAGCUGGCUCGGAAAAUCCUACAGGAAAAAGUGGAUGUUUUCUACAAUGGUGAAAACAGUCCUGUUUGUAGAGAGAAACGAGAGGCAGAGAAGAAAAAGCAAGAAAGGAAGAAAAGAGCAAAGGAAAGGCUAGAAAAAAAGAAAGUACUGAAGGAACUGCGGGAAUCAAGUCGGAAUCCUGCUGUGGAUAGCACUGCGGGUUCUGACUGAACGUGCCAGAAGCAUCCACCAGGAAUUGCGGUGGCGCCUCCCACCAGGGCGUACCUGACGGGCUAGAGCAGGCGUGGCGCCGAGGCCGGAGGAUCGCCGCCAAGGCCAGCCAGAGCUGCGUAGUGAGCUCAGGGGCAGCUCAACUACCAGUGAGACCUUGUCUCAGAAAGAAACAAAAUGAAUAAUGGACUAAACUCAGCAGAGGUUGCUGCACACUUUGAGAACAAAAGUACCAAGAAGCCAUGACUACAAAAGGGGAG